AAAUCUUUAAGCACUUGUGAAGUUGUGAUUGCGGGGUACGAGACCGGGGGGAGAGCCGGUCCGAUGGCCUAAAACGAAAUCGUCUUGAUUUUUCGGACAGACGCGGCGAAAUAUUGGAAUUGGACCUGCAGUUCAAACGCAGGGCCAAUGCAGGAGAUUUACUUCGAUCACGAGGGUGUUGCUUAAUCUGUCAGGAUGAAGUUCUUCUCUAAGUGCCUCCUUUUUUUCCACGGAUUGACCGCCUUGACGGUUGCCCAACAAAUCGUCACCGAUGCAAAGGCAGCAUGCGGGAAACUUGGAGCAUCGCUGGCCAUUGAGAAUGUGCACAUCAAUUUCGUCCAAUACUUGCCUGCCGGUACAAACAUCAGCCUGACUCAAAAUUACAAUCUUUCAUCGUGCGGAUAUGUAAGCCAGGUUGUUUCCAACGAUCUUUGCCGCGUGGCAAUGUAUGUUGCAACGAGCUACAGAUCUGGGAUUACACUCGAAGCUUGGUUACCUACGAACUGGACCGGAAGAUUUCUGAGCACUGGAAACGGAGGCAUUGGUGGCUGUAUACAAUACGCGGAUCUGGCAUACGCUGCAGGGCUAGGAUUCGCCACUGUCGGAGCAAAUAACGGACACAAUGGCACAUCAGGGUAUGCAUUUUACAGGAAUAUGGAUGUUGUCCACGACUUUGUGGACAGAAGUCUUCAUACGGGAGUUGUUGUAGGAAAGGAAAUUGUUAAGCGGUAUUACGGAGCUGCUCAUAAGAAGUCUUACUACCUAGGAUGCAGCACAGGGGGUCGACAAGGGUUUAAAGCUGUACAGAGUUAUCCAAAUGACUUUGAUGGUGUUGUAGCUGGAGCUCCGGCAAUUGACUUUACAGACUUGACAUCGUGGAGUGCUAGCUUCUACACGAUAUUUGGCAGCGCAAACGACUCAACCUUCGUUCCAGCGGGUGAACUGUGGGCUUUAAUUCAUCAAGAAAUCUUGAACCAAUGCGACAGCAUGGAUGGCGUAGUAGACGAUAUCAUCGAAGACCCUCUGAUGUGCCAGUUCCGCCCAGAAGCGCUUCAAUGCCCACCUGGGACCACGAAUUUCACUAGCUGUCUCACGAACGUCCAGGUCAGUGCAGUGAGAGAGGCAUUCACCGACUUCUAUGGUCUGGACGGAAAGAUCAUCUAUCCACGAAUGCAGCCUGGAUCUGAAUUAAUUGCUGAAGAUAUCUAUUACACGACUGGACCGUUCCCUUAUUCCGUUGAUUGGUUUCGCUACGUGGUUUACAACAAUCCAAAUUGGAAUGCUGCGACUUUCAAUAGACUUGAUGCAAAAGCGGCCGCUGACCAGAACCCUUUCAAUAUUCAGACUUGGAAUGGGGACCUCUCCGACUUUCGAGCUGCCGGAGGGAAAUUACUUACGUAUCAUGGGCAGGCAGACUACAUUAUCUCCUCUGAUAAUAGUCCUCGAUACUAUGAUCAUGUCUCUCGGACUAUGGGUCUCCCAUCUUCCGACCUCGAUGAAUUCUACCGCUUCUUUAGAAUUUCUGGAAUGGGCCAUUGCGGCGGAGGUGUAGGCGCCCAUGCCAUCGGCCAAACCGAAGCAGAAGUAUCAACCUUAGAUCCUCAGAACAAUGUCUUGCUACGUAUGGUUGACUGGGUGGAAAAUGGGAACGCCCCAGUUACCGUCACAGGGACGAAAUAUAUAAAUGAUGACCCUUCUCAGGGAGUAAGUUUCGUUAGGAAUCAUUGCAAGUAUCCCCUAAGGAACUUCUGCACUGAUGGUGCGAAUUAUAAGUCCCCGGAAUCUUGGACUUGCAUUGAAUAAUUUAAAUCUUCAUAAAAACUUCUCUGCGUAGGAGUACUUAAAGCCGUUUCAAACACUGCUUCCUAUUAUUACAAUAUCAACA